AUGGAGAGUCCAAUGAACCCAAAACCCUUUAAAGAUAAGACUUUCUUAUGGGGCCCCUUAAUCAUACUUUGGACCAUAUUGGGAACAGCAAUCACGGGUGGUCCACAUCAAAUCUAUAAUAUCACCUGGGUAAUUACUAACACCGAGACUGGAAAAACUGCAAACGCAACCUCUGUAAUGGCCUCGCUAACAGAUGGCUUUCCAGCCUUACCUUUUGACCUCUGUGAUCUGGUGGGACCAUCAUGGAACCCCUCAGACCAAGAGCCAUUCCCCGGGUAUGGUUGCCACCAUCCUAUGGGACGAUAUAGGACUAGAGACAAAGGUUUAUAUGUUUGCCCAGGACAGAACAUCCGAGAAGGCUGCGGGGGGGCCAAAGAUGGGUACUGCGCCGAAUGGGGUUGCGAGACAACGGGGGAUGCCUAUUGGAACCCCUCAUCCUCAUGGGACCUAAUUACCCUCAAGCGAAAUUCCAGUUUCCCUGCGGGCGCAGGGCCCUGCUAUAAUGCAAAUUCUUCACAGGAAAAAUCAAUGCCCGGGGCCACUGCAGGGGGCAAAUGCAACCCCUUAAUCAUUACUUUUACUAACACUGGAAAAGCAGCCUCAUGGGACGGUCCCAAGACCUGGGGAAUACGCCUAUACCGCACUGGAUAUGACCCUGUUGCGUUGUUCUCGUUGACCCGACAAAUAUCUAGCCCGGCACCCACACAUUCCGUGGGGCCCAAUCAGGUUUUGCCAGAACAGCGGCCCCCUUCCCAGCCUAUACCACCUGCUUUACCCCAAGGCACCCCAACGACCCCUCCAGCCAAUACUACAAUUACUCCUCGCCCACCUGGAACAGGAGAUAGAUUACUUAAUCUAAUAAAAGGAGCCUUCCUGACUCUCAAUGCCACCAACCCAAAUAGGACUCAGGAAUGCUGGCUAUGUCUGGUCUCGAGACCCCCUUAUUACGAAGGGGUAGCCAUCCAAGGUAACUAUACUAACCAUACUUCUCCCCCCACCAAAUGUAACACCAACCCCCAACAUAAGAACACCAACCCCCAACAUAAGCUAACACUAUCUGAAGUGUCCGGCCAAGGGCUUUGCGCUGGAAAGGUCCCCACAACCCAUCAGGACCUAUGCAACCAGACCCUAACCACCGGGUCAGGCUCAUACUAUUUGACAGGCCCUAAUGGGACUUAUUGGGCUUGCAGUACGGGGUUGACCCCCUGCAUAUCUGCCCAGGUCUUAAAUACCUCCUCAGACUAUUGUGUCCUAAUUGAAUUAUGGCCUAAAAUUGUUUAUCAUGACCCUGAAUACAUUUAUACCCACUUUGAAGGGAUUACUCGGUUCCGCAGAGAGCCAGUAACCAUGACCUUGGCCUUGCUACUGGGAGGACUAACAAUUGGAGGAAUAGCAGCUGGGGUUGGAACAGGAACUACAGCCUUAAUGGAAACCUCACAAUUCAGGCAAUUACAAGCAGCAAUGCAUACUGAUAUUAAGGAAUUAGAAGAAUCAGUCACCGCUCUUGAAAAAUCCUUAACUUCCCUCUCGGAAGUAGUCUUACAAAAUAGGAGAGGAUUAGAUAUCCUAUUUUUACAAGAAGGAGGAUUAUGUGCAGCUUUAAAAGAAGAAUGUUGCUUCUAUGCAGAUCAUACUGGGGUAGUAAGAGACAACAUGGCUAAACUCAGGGAAAGACUUAAACAAAGACAACAAUUAUUUGAAUCAGGACAAGGUUUAUUUGAAGGAUGGUUCAAUCGAUCCCCAUGGUUCACUACCCUACUUUCCUCCCUCCUGGGACCUCUACUCAUCCUCCUUUUGAUCUUGUUAUUUGGACCCUGCAUUCUUAACCGGCUGGUCCAAUUCAUGAAGGACAGACUGUCAGUCAUACAGGCUCUGGUUCUGACCCAACAAUACCACCAGCUAAGACAAAUAGAUAUAGAAGAUCCACAACAACCCUCCUAA